AUGAGUUCGUCAUCAACUUUGAUAGUCGACUGUGAAGAAAAUUUAUUGAGUAAUAUCCAUGAACAGCAUGUGCAACACAAGCAAGAGAGUGUUGUCAAUAGUGAACCACAUUUGGAAAUGAAGUUUGAAUCGGAGGCGGCAGCUUAUGAUUUUUAUAAUGAGUACAGCAAAAGAAUUGGAUUUGGUAUUCGUCGAGAAUAUGCAAAUAAAAGUAAAAAAGAUGGAGUUUUGACUUCAAGAAGAUUCACAUGCUUCAAAGAAGGUGUACGUGGUGUUGACAAGAGAUAUCAGAUGACGGGGGAACACACUAGAGCAGAAACUAGAACAGGAUGUCAAGCGCGUAUGGUUAUUUCACUUGAUCGGAAGAUAGAGAAAUAUAAAGUUGUUGACUUUGUAGCACAACAUAACCACCCUCUUCAGCCGCUAGAGUAUGUUCAUAUGAUUCGCUCUCAUCGGCGCAUAUCUGAAGCACAAGCAUCACAAAUUGUAUUGGGAGAUGAAUCUGGAUUAACACCAAAAGAUUUACAUGAAUAUAUAUCAAAGCAAGUUGGUGGGAUAGAGACAGUUGGUUUUACAAGACGAGACCUUAAGAAUUAUCUUCAAACCAAAAGGAUGCAAUCACUAAAGUAUGGUGAAGUGGGUGCAUUGAUGAUGUAUUUCAAACAAGAAAGUGAAAAUCCAUCAUUUUUCUAUGAAUUUCAAAUGGAUGUUGAAGAGCAAAUAACAAAUAUAUUCUGGCGGAUGCACAAAUGA